AUGGGCUCGAAGACAUAUGGCCUUUUACGAAGCUUGUCUUCACCAGCAAAACCAUCCCAGAAGACCUUCACAGAAAUCGUAAAAAUUCUUCAAGAGCAUCUGUCGCCAAAACCGCUGGUUAUAGCUGAAAGAUUUCGGUUUCAUAAAAGAAGUCAACUCGAAGAUGAGAGCAUAAGUUCAUUUUUAGCUUCACUAAAGAAAUUGUCAGAAUAUUGCAAGUUUGAGAUGUCAAAUUUAAACGAUUCUUUACGAGACCGUUUUGGUUGUGGAUUGAGCAGUGAACUCAUCCAGAAACGGCUACUCUCCGAGGCAGAUUUAUCUUUGAGCAAAGCCUCUGAGAUUGCCUUAGCAAUGGAAACUGCUGCAAAGGAUUCUCAAGAAUUGCAAGGCAAGCCAGAAUCGACAGAAGUUAAUAAAUUACACCCAGAUAAAAACAAAACCGAACAGGUCACACAGCAAAAAGGUCCAGAGAAACAGAAAACCCCUUGUUACAGAUGUGGAGCUGAAUCACAUAAUUCUCCUGAAUGUCGUUUCAAAAAUGAGAAUUGUCGAAAAUGUGGUAAGAGGGGCCAUAUCCAACGAGUCUGCCGUUCUAGCAGAGCUGAUCCAAAGAUAAAAAGGAAACAGAAUUAUUUCUGUGUAGAAGAUGAUGACAAUUUUGUUGCAUCUGUAGAGAUAAACGAAGUUAAUAAGUUGAACAGCAGCAUCAUUUGGGUGACAACCAAAAUUGAUGGACAUGCUAUGAAAAUGGAACUGGACACUGGAUCAGCAGUAUCUGUAAUACCGUUGCAGAAAUACAAGCAAAUGUUCCGACGUCGAAUACCCUUGGAGAAAACUGAGGUUACUUUAAAAACAUAUUCUGGUGAAACCAUGACACCAGAAGAAAUAAUAAAUGUUCCCAUACAAUUCAAUCAUCAGACCAAGGUCUUACCAUUGUUCGUUGUGAACACCGCAGGACCUGCCUUGUUCGGAAGAGAUUGGCUGCAUGGAUUUGACCUCGACUGAAAAGUAGUCAAGUCAAUAACCAAGAAUUCGAAGAAAGAUACACAGAAGAAACUGAAAAAACUGUUGGACGAAUACGGCGAGGUCUUUCAGCAAGAAAUCGGCAAACUCAAAUCGACAAAAGCAAAACUUCCUUUGAAAGAAGGAUGUCAGCCAAAAUUUUGUAUGGCACGCCCAGUGUCGUAUGCAUUAAAACCAAAGGUCGACGCAGAAUUGAAACGCCUAGAAAGUGAAGGAAUACUCGAGAAGGUGGGAUUCAGUGACUGGGCAACGCCGAUUGUGCCAGUAGUAAAACCAAAUGGAGAAGUAAGAAUCUGUGGAGAUUUUAAGGUUACAGUAAAUCCCCAGAUAGAGACAGAGCAAUAA